AUAAUAUAUUUCCCAGCCUAUCCAUAUCCGUUGGAAGCUAAACUUUUCAGCUGAGCACACUUUAGCGCGCAGAGGCAGCUCCUCUAUCUCCUUCCUCAUCAAUGGCGGCUCUUGUAUCCAUCACUCCAAUCAGAACAUCACUAACCAUUUCCGGCCCUUCUUCCCCGUUCAAGGGAAAUGUGACGAGUCUGCGAGCAAAAUCAUGCAAUUUCAACCCGCUCAUCAAGACCCAUUCGACGAGCAGGCCUCAGGCGAGACCACUCGUGGUGGUCAACAAAAGGCCCUCGGCUCCGGCCGCGGUUCCGGUGGCUGGCGAGCGGUUCAGGCUGGACAAUUUGGCGCCGCAGCCAGGUUCGAGGAAGAAAGCCAAGAGAAAGGGAAGAGGUAUAGCCGCCGGGCAAGGUAACAGCUGUGGGUUUGGAAUGAGGGGACAGAAAUCCCGGUCGGGUCCUGGUGUGAUGAGAGGAUUCGAAGGUGGGCAGAUGCCUCUCUAUCGCCGUAUCCCUAAAUUGCGGGGAAUUGCUGGAGGUAUGCAUGCUGGUUUACCUAAAUAUGUCCCGGUCAACUUAAAGGACAUAGCAGAAGCAGGUUUUCAAGAGGGCGAGGAGGUUUCACUGGAGAGUUUGAAGGAGAAGGGCUUAAUCAACCCAUCGGGAAGAGAAAGGAGACUUCCUCUGAAGAUCCUAGGUGAUGGGGAGCUAGACGUGAAGCUGAACUUCAAAGCUCGUGCAUUUUCAACAUCAGCGAGGGAGAAGCUGGAAUCUGUUGGCUGCUCGCUCACCGUGUUACCUGGCAGGAAGAAGUGGCUGAAGCCAGCAGUUCUAAAGAACCUUGCUAGAGCUGAUGAAUACUUUGCAAAGAAAAGAGCUGCAGCAGCAGCAGCAGAGGCAUCUGAGCCUGAGCCAGCAGCCUCUUCUUGAUCUGUGUGCUGUAUUAAACCUGAACUUGUCCAAGCAAAAUGUAGAAUAGCUCGAGCGGGUGUCCAUCAAGGUAAAAAUUCCUUUGUUCUUCUUCCACGCUAGUACGCUACCAUGGUUGCUUUUUGUUCCUCCUCAAUGCUUGAUUUUUGUAUGCUAUAUUUAUGUGGAAGGUUCCAUAUUCUGUGUCCCAAACAAGAAUUCUGGUUUUCUUCACUGCCUUAAUUGCAGUAAAGUGGUAAUUUCAUCAGAAGAAACUGAAGCUUUUCAUAACCUUUUCACCAAAAAUUUCUCCUUUUAUGCUCAUCCAUAGUUAACUGGAAGAGAAACGAAAGCUAUCCAAUUAACAAUAUAUGAUCAGUGACAUAAAUAUUGUGGA